AUGCCACACACGCCUGGGCGAGGUGGCGAAGCAGCCUCUCUAUCCCAGCUCUGGACAGACACGUCCCAGCCCUUGCACGGCUCAAGCAAUACUGGACACCAGCAUCUUCAACAGCACGCAGCACUUCCAACAGGAAGUCCGAGCACAGACACGCUCUGCAGCAACGGUGUCGGCCCUUCACUUUCACCUCAGACUCGUCGAACCCUUCCAUUCGGAUCCUUCGCACCUGCUCCGCCCAUGGCGGCAUCCAACACGAGUCGCAUCAGCUGGGGUUCCUUUGGCUACACUAGCGCUCCAAGCCUCGCCUCACAGCAACGAGUCAAUACCAAGACAUCACCCGCGCCAGUCUUUUCCAGCGCAUCGUGCUCGCAUGACAGCCAUCACUGCACCUCGAACCCCGAUAUCGGAUCUGCUUUGCACCUCAAUGAGCGGGUUGACCUACCCUCUAAGGCGCCGUCAUCAGCGACCCGCCUCGCCUUCUUGCCUUCGUCUUCUUCGGCGACUGCUAUACGCCGCAAGAGGGGCCGAAACGAGAGUGUAGACAUGCAAGAAGAAGAUGAGCCCGCAAGGUACGGUUCCGAAACAUUGGAUUCCAGAGCUAGCGGCUCGUCCUUGAAUAUUACUGUCAGGUUACAAGAUGGGGCGAGCGGAAGUUCAGAAGCUAGGCAGGUGUUGCCGAAGCGAAUGAGGUCGGGCAUGACCAUACACAGCACGACUCGUGAUAAUUCCACAGAGUAUGGACAGGAGCACUCCACUUCGGGACGCAUGUCGAGUGACAAGGAAUGGGCGGCACGUCAUCCUGCCUCGGCAGCUGGCAGCGCGGAGUCGACCCAGGGUGGUAACGACCCAGAGGUGGAUCUUGGCAAGCUACUUGGUGAGUCGUGAGGUUCCCGAAUCACACCUACCUUGCUUCGUGAUGAUUACUUGCGUUGCGAGACUGACACACCACGACACUGGACGUACAUAGCUAUGUUGGAUCGACCUUCCCUGUUGGUCCUACUCUCACGUCUGCUCGCUCAUUCUACCGACUCCACCUUGCCAGCUCAGAUGCUUCGUCACAUGCCCACGCCUUCUAUUGCCACAUUUGGGGCUUCGCUGGACGAAUGCGAGCGGCAAGUUCGCGCAGCAAUCCCGAAUGCCACGAACGCAGGAGUCAGAGCAGAGUGGGCAUGGAGCAGAAUCAGGAAUCCCCUGCAAGACUUCGUCACGAGCGCGAUCGGCUUCUUCCGACUCUUUGAUGAUACUCCCGGCAGCGAGAACACUAAUCAGAUCGACAACAUACACCCUAGCACCACAUUUUCCUUUCUUCACGACCUCACUGAACGUCUACUCCGAAUUCAGGCCACCCUACCACCCGUUCCUGAUUCUACGCUGGCUUUUGCCGCUCACACAGCUCUUUCUCAACACGAAUAUCAGGGGUCGACAACGCGAACAAAUGCUUCGGGUCAUGACGUACUACGCUCCUUGCUCGACGCUAGGAUGCUAUCACGCGCAUCGCCCAACACUUUGAUCUCGCAGCUGGCUCCUUAUCUGCUUCAUCGCUGGUCUACUCUGUUGGAGCGCAUAUCUGGAGCUGUGAACGAGGAAGGCAGGAUUUUUGGUCAGGAUAUGAUCAAUGGCUGGUUAAGCGCAUUACAGACUCUGGGAUGUUCUGGUCUCACAAGUGCAAGCUCGGUACUGAUGAGCAACAACCGACUGUCGCCUAGCGCCGGUCCAGCUGAUGCUGGAGCAAUCGGGCCAGAAGAGAGGGCCAUCAGACAAGUCCUCCAAAUGUACCACCGAGCACUUGUUCAGCAGAUAGGCUGGCUCGUCGGUGUCUCAUUGUGA